UCCGGUUUAGCGUCUAAUCUAACGUGUGCGCGCUCCCGCGCGAACAUUUGCUGAACAACGACCCCUGGUCACAGUUUUCGCUAGGUCACAGAUUUCCAAGAGCAGAUUUCGACACAACACCGGACUUCCUCGCAACGAUCCAGACGGAGAAGCUCUUUGAAAGCGCCUGACCCGCCUCAAUUUCCCCGUAAACAACACAGGUAUUUCUGUGGUAUUUCAGGUACGCCUCCCUUGUAUAUACACAUUCCUUCUCGACUAGGUAUUCAAAGAUGUGUACCUGACUGACCUCCGGUAAAUCAGACAGUAGUUAUGGAGGACACUGAAAAUUCUCCUGCAAAACCAGCAGUGACCGCAAACUCUUGGGUCUCAUCUUCCUUCAUUAUAGUGUGUGGUAUAAUUGGUGUCAUUGCCGCGAUAACGGUGCAGAUGUUUAGGCAACAAAAUCAUCAAAAUGGUGCUUCAGGACAUGAUUUUAGUGAUAUAGUGCAUCAUCCAGCCGAGCCGCUCCGGAUUCUUUUGGUUGGAAAAACAGGGGUGGGGAAGAGUGCAACAGGCAACACUAUCCUUGGACAGAAGGUUUUUAAAUCAGAGAUAUCAUCCUCCUCUGUGACUGGACAAUGUGAAAAGUUUCAUGCAAUAAUAAAUGGCAGAAAAGUAUCUGUCAUUGACUCUCCAGGUCUGUUUGACACCAGCCUAACUGUAGAUGAAGUCAUUGAUAGAGUUAAACUCUGUAUCCCACUCUCUGCUCCUGGUCCACAUGUCUUCUUAGUUGUGAUACAGCUGGGUAGAUUCACAGAUGAAGAAGCAGAAGCAGUAAGAAUUAUCCAAACAAUUUUUGGUGAGGAGUCUUCCAUAUACACCAUGGUACUGUUCACUCAUGGAGAUCGACUAGAGGGCAAAAACAUUCACACAUUUGUGCGGGACAACUCAAAACUGCUCAAUUUCAUCAAAACAUGCAGUGGACGAUACCAUGUGUUCAACAAUAAAGAACAAAAUCCCGAACAGGUCAUUCAGUUGCUUGACCAGAUUGAUAAAAUGGUCACUGGGAAUGGUGGGCAAUACUACACCAGUGAGAUGCUUGAAAUGGUAGAAAGAGAAAUUGAGAAAAAGAAACGGCGCAUCCUGAAGGAGAGAGAGGAGCAGAGAAAGAAGGCGAUAGAAGAUAUUAGAGGCAGAUUUAAAGGAGAACAUUUUGAACGAGCAAAGAAAAAGCUGGAUGAUGAUCAGGAGCAGAAAGCAAGAGAGGAAGCUGAGAGAGACCCUUCCUUUUUUGAAAAACUGAUCAAUCUGUUAAAGGACCUAAUCUAUGGAUUCUUUCGUAAAGCCCGUUUCCCAUCACAAGACAUGUUAUUUAACAUUCUUAAAUCUACAAAAACUGGUCAAUUCUAAUCAAAAAAAAUCAUC